CAGUUCAGGCAGCAUCCGAGAAGCAGUAAAAUCGACGUUUCGGGCAAAAGCCCUUCAUCAGGAAUAAAGGCAGACCUAUUUCGCCUUGCCAUUCGUCAACAAAUCUAACACGCAAGGCUUUCUGCAGAACAUAAUUCAAAGCAACUACACUAUUUAAAUGAGGAUAUCUGACAAUUAAGCCCAUUGUUAGGAUCCACCAGCACCUUAAUUGCAAGUGAAAACAAUGAUUAUAUUGGCAUGCGAGGCAUACCAUUAUCAUUGUACCACAUACUGUGUCUUUAAUCUCACUGCAGUGUAAAACAGGGGAUGAACGGAAACACCACUAAAUCUAGAAUAGUCUGUGCAAUGGCUAUGUACAGAAGCCAUCUGCGUAAAGAAAAAUCCGUGUCACUUGGUAAAUAUUGAUUUGAAAGUGAGAAGCCAACCAUCGACUCAAUGGACAGCUGGGUGAUCAGCUGCACUUGUCCCCUCAAUCGGGUCCAGGGAUUCCAUUUAAUUUUCCCCACUGUGUGGCGCUAGUGAGGUUCAUUUCCUCCCACCCCCCACGAUGUUCCUAGUAGCUUAAGACGUCAGUCAACCAAUACAGGAGUUUUAGAUUAAUUGAGUAUAUUCCUCAUUCCGCACGGGUUGACACUGCAGUCAAAAAGAUCAAACGAAUCUGAUUGCACAAACACAUGACCAAAGAGUCAACACCAUCGAGACACCCCUUUGCCCCCGCAAAAAAAUCUUAAUGUUGAAACCAGGGGACAAAGCUUCCUCGGCGUUCACAGACGGAACGAGAGCUCCUAAAUAUCAUUGUGCCAAGAUUGGAAGAACGCGCGCGUUUACUUUUCCAGCCCUGAUUGCACAUCGCGGAGAUUUGACUUCAUCACAUUUCCUGUAAAGAAAAACGGUUCUGCCUGUUCAAUAUCAUUCACACUGUACAGCAAGUGCCGACUCAGUACACAAACUGUUAACACCAGCAGCCCUCCCCACACUUUCCCUAUCACAUAGCGCUCUGCAGUCUGAUAGUCUAGGGCGAGUGUCUCAGUUUACAUCAGUGCGUUUGGUUUGUUUGACUAACUCGAUCGGAUUUUUUUUGCAUUGGCAUUCGAGAUACCUUCAUUAAAAUCCCUACAAAUUUACUAACACUGAUAUCUUAUUUAAGUGUGUGUGCGUGCGUUGGCGGUGCUGCUACGCCUGAAGGGAUGUAGCUUAUUCACCCCCAAAAAGGUUGGCGAAUGAUCAAAGGUGUUUGAGGGGCUGGCACGCAGCAGGGAUCCUGUCCUUUUAAUAAAAUACUCUUCGUUUCGAUCCACCCAGUGGUUUUGCAGUCAUUGAAGUAAUGCAAUCGGGCUUUUGGAUCUGAAUUUGCUAUUAUUUAGCUGAGAAAGACAGCUUUGCAUAGAUAUCCUAUUUAGUUUCCCCCGGGGUAAUAUGAUUCGGCUGACGCAUUGUUGUCUAUCGUUGAAUGAUUUAAUAUGAGGACCCAUUACACCGUUGAUCAUUUUACCUGAAUCGCUCCCUCCAUUUCAAUUCACCUGGGGCACUUUUAAUGGCACGGAAUCCCAUUCAGACUAUAUUCUGGUACUCAAUCAAACAGAACAGGCGCCACUUCAGUUGUAUUGAUCACACAGUUCCGACAGAGGCGACCACAUAAUAUCAUCAAAGAACUCCAUCCAUGGUGUUUUCAAUUUAAAUAAACUCAUUGAGCUUUGUGCAAAAACAACGAAACCUUGCCGGUUCAUUUCGGUUGCAACUCGGGUGCAAAGUCAACCACUGGCCAGGAUUUUAAUGAAAUGGAACUGUGCCAUUUCUGUCGGCAGAUCCGAAAUGCGGCUCUUUUGGUUACUUUAAAACAAAAUGCUGUCUGCAAGGAACGGAUUUUUCCCAAGAGAAGCGGCAAACUGAUUACCUCCACUCACAUUCGAAAACAAAAUAUCAAUGUCGAAAUAAAAUUUCCCUUCCUCAUCUCCCGCCCCUCUUCAAAAAAGUAACCUUUGUUCAUGUAACAGAAAAUGUGUUCUCGUCUAAUGUACUUAGGUUAGGAAGAGAUCUGCCUUCAAUCUCUCCGAUGUCCAAAAAAUGCAAUUUUUGCAGCAAAGGAGAUGACUAUACGACGCAAAUAGGUACCGCCUCUGCUCUGUUGUAAUUACGGUAUUUAAACACAAUAACAAUUAUGCUGCUGCACAUUGAUUCCUCAAAUUACAUCCGCGUUAAUCCUCCACUUCUCACCCAUCUAAUAGAACUGUUCAAAAAGAAGUCUCUUCGAAAGGACACUGCGUUUGCUUUCUUGUCAAAAGUAAAAAAACAAAACAAAAACGGAAUCGCUUUGAAACCGCCGUUUGGAAAAUGAACGAAACAAUUGUGUUCAAUUUGGAAGCUGUGUACAACUUGAUUUAUUUUACACACGCGCGCUGUCACACACGCACACAAGACUCCUACAUACACACACUCCAACUCCCACACUUCGCAUUUUGCACAAGCUCCACCUCUCAUGUGAGGAUCUGAGGAGUGGUGGCUCAUCUCUUGGGCUCCUGGAAGUGUUCAAAAGAACUUGUCAAUUUGCUGCUGUCGAUCAAUGCCGGCAGUUGGCUGCGAUUGGCUGCAGUUGCGUGCCCGGUCCCGGGACUCCGCCGUGCCAAGCCGAGUCGCCGCGGCUCAGUCGCUACUUUGCAAUGGCAGCGGCGCUGAGAGCAGAGCUGCGGCAAGCCCCCAGUCCCACCUCCUGCUCCACACCGUUCCAGAUGCGCCAAUGUGUCUCCUGUCCACUGUGAACUCCUCUCAGAAAGGCAGCGGGGGGGGGGGGGGCGCAGGCUGAGAUCGCCAACUGAAAUUAACCCUCCUGCUGCAACGUCUUGAGGAAGGGGGUGGGGGGAAGAGUUCGACAUGGUUGGUCGCUGAAGUGAGUGCUGUUGCAAGAAGGGACAGCGGAGGUUUCCGAGGGUGCAUUGCAACGGUGGCAACUCGAAAUCCCAUCUCUUUUUGAAAGGGGAGGGAUAUUUUCAAGGUGAACUCAAAAGUGUUUGCGUGUCUUAUUUAUAUUUUUCGUCCCUCCCUCUUUUUUUUGCAUCUCCGUUCGGUUUUGGCGAGAGGACCAAGUGUGAGGACCUAGAGAGAGAGAGACAGAGAGAGAGGGGGAGCCUUCGCAUGAUGACUGGGAGCUGUGGGCAGUGAAAUCCAGGGCAUUUUAUUAUUUUUUUAUCAACAGGUUCCCUGAGCGGGGAUGGGUUGGUUGCUAGCGCCGCUGUUCGCCCUGCUCCUGUGGGCUCGGGCUGCCGCCGCCGUGGUCAACCUGAAAUACUCGAUCGUGGAGGAGGAGAGAGCGGGCACGGUGAUCGGCAACAUCGCCAAGGACGCCGGCUUGUCCACCUGGGAGCAGACGGUGCCCCUGUUCCGCGUCCUCUCCAACUCGGCGCCUCACCUGGUGGAGAUCAACCCGCUGACCGGCUUGCUGGUGACCAAGCAGAAGAUCGACCGCGACCUGCUGUGCCGCCAGAGCGCCAAGUGCCUCAUUUCGCUGGAGGAGAUGGUCAACUCCAUGGAGAUCUACGUGAUCAAGGUGGAGAUCGUGGACCUGAACGACAACUCGCCGAGCUUCCCCGCCGAGAGGAUCGACCUGGAGAUCUCGGAGACGGCGAGCCCGGGCACCCGCAUCCCGCUGGAGAGCGCCUACGACCCGGACGCCGGCCAGUACGGGGUGCAGAGCUACCGGCUCAGCCCGAGCGAGCUGUUCGCGCUGGAGAUCAAGAGCCGCGGGGACGGCUCCCGCUUCGCCGAGCUGGUGGUGGAGAAGCCGCUGGACCGCGAGCGGCAGUCCCGGUACAGCCUGCAGCUGAGCGCGGUGGACGGCGGCGAGCCGCCGCGGGUGGGCAGCACCCAGCUCAACAUCCGAGUGAUCGACUCGAACGACAACUACCCGCGCUUCGAGAGGGCCGCCUACACGGUCAGCGUGCUGGAGAACGCGCCGCUCGGCUCCCUGGUCACCGAGCUGAAGGCGUCCGACCCGGACGAGGGCAGCAACGGCCAGGUCGUCUACUCGUUCAACAGCUACGUGCCCGAGCGGACCCGCCAGCUCUUCGCGCUCGAGCCCCGCACCGGCGCGCUCACCGUCCGCGGCGACAUCGACUACGAGGAGGGCACCGUCUACGAGAUCGACGUUCAGGCGAAGGACCUGGGGCCGAACUCCAUCCCGGCUCACUGCAAGGUCACCGUGCACGUGGUGGACGUGAACGACAACGUGCCGGUGAUCAGCCUCUUCUCGGUCAACAGCGGCACGGUGGAGGUCAGCGAGGCCGCGCCGCCCGGCUACGUGAUCGGCCUGGUGCGGGUGUCCGACCGCGACUCCGGGCCCAACGGCCGCGUCCGCUGCCAGCUGCUGGGCGAGCCGCCGUUCCGCCUGCAGGAGUACGAGAGCUUCUACACGGUGCUGGUGGACGGCCGCCUGGACCGGGAGCGGCGGGACCUCUACAACCUGACGGUGCUGGCCAAGGACAGCGGCUCGCCCUCGCUGCAGUCCUCGCGCUCGUUCGGCGUCAGGGUGAGCGACGAGAACGACAACCCGCCGGUGUUCGCGCAGCCCGUCUACCAGGUGAUGGUGCAGGAGAACAACACGCCCGGCUCCCACCUGCUCUCGGUGUCCGCCCGCGACCCCGACCUCGGCUCCAACGGCACCGUCUCCUACCAGGUCGCCCCGUCCCAGGUCAAGGACAUGCCGGUCUUCACCUACGUCUCCAUCAACCCGACCUCGGGCGACGUCUACGCCCUGCGCUCCUUCAACCACGAGCAGACCCGCUCCUUCGAGUUCCAGGUGCUGGCCCGGGACGGCGGGGCGCCUCCGCUGCAGAGCAACGCCACGGUCCGCGUGCUGGUGCUCGACGUCAACGACAACGUGCCGCUCAUCUCGGCGCCGCCGCUGGUCAACGGCACCGCGGAGCUCUACAUCCCGCGCGGGGUGCCCGCCGGCUACCUGGUCACCGUGCUCAGGGCGGACGACUACGACGACGGCGACAACGGCCGCCUGAGCUACGAGAUCGCGGAGGGGGCGCGCGGGCACUUCCACGUGGGCGCGGCCAACGGCGAGAUCCGCACGAGCCGCCGCUUCGCCGAGGGCGCCGACACCACCUACGAGCUGGUGGUGGUCGCCCAGGACCACGGCAAGCCCGCGCUCUCCUCCACCGCCCUGAUCGUGGUGUACCUGUCGCCCGCCCUGGACGCACAGGAGUCCGGCGGCUCCCUCAACCUCUCGCUGAUCUUCAUCAUCGCCCUGGGCUCCAUCGCCGCCAUCCUCUUCGUCACCAUGAUCUUCGUGGCGGUCAAGUGCAAGCGGGACAACAAGGAGAUCAGGACCUACAACUGCAGGGUGGCCGAGUACUCCUACGGGCAGCAGAAGAAGCCCAAGAAGAAGGGCAAGAUCAGCAAGAACGACAUCCGCCUGGUGCCCAGGGACAUGGAGGAGACCGACAAGAUGAACGUGGUCAGCUGCUCCUCCCUCACCUCCUCCCUCAACUACUUCGACUACCACCAGCAGACUUUGCCCCUGGGGUGCCGCAGGUCGGAGGCCACCUUCCUGAACGUGGAGAACCAGAACUCGAGGAACGCCGCCGGGAACCACGUGUAUCACACCUUCACCAGCACCCAGAGCUCCCAGCAACAGCCAGAUCUCAUCAUCAACGGCAUGCCACUUCCAGAGUCAGAAAACUACUCCAUCGAAUCAAGCUAUGUAAACAGCAGACAGCACCUUAUUAAAAGUAGUUCCACAUUCAAGGACCUGGAAAGAAACAGUCUCAAGGACAGUGGACAUGAAGAAAGUGACCAGACUGACAGCGAGCAUGAUGCGCAUCGGGGCCUGUAUUGCGACACAGCUAUCAAUGAAGUGCUAAAUACAACUCUCAAUUCCACUGGUUCUCAGGUACCUGAUCAAGAUCAGAACGAACAUUUUACCUGCAUAGAAGAAUGCCGGAUUUUAGGUCACUCGGACAGAUGUUGGAUGCCUCGGGUGGCAGUAGCAAGCCGUGCCAAAUCACCUGACCAUGGAAAAAACGUUAUUGCGCUGUCGAUAGAAACCACCAGUGUGGACUCUGAACCCUAUGAAAAUGGCAAUUCAAAGAGAACUUUUGCAACUUUUGGCAAAGACCCCAGGGAUCGCAUUGCUGAGAAUGAUAAAACAGAUUUGAAAGGAAAGAGGACAUUUGAUCUACCCAUCUGUAGCCCCAAAGUGAAUGGUUCAGUCUCCAGCAGCCAGGAAACAAGUAAUGGUAUUGACAUUUCAAGUCCUGCUAGCACACCUGUGCAUUUGGGCAGCCCCUUGUCUAACAGGCCUGCGGUCACGUACUCUGUGAUGCACUGCCCAAUAACAUGUGAUCUCGACCGACCUGUCAAUCAGACCUCCUCACAUCUGUCAGAGCCAGGAUCCAGGGAAGCAGACUCAGAGCAUGUCCAAGAGAUCAACCACCUCCUGCAUGAUUGCAGGGAAAAGGACUCACCAGGCAUUAAACGAAUACAGGACAUUGUGCUGUGAUCACUGGGCACCACCCAUAAUGCAGAUAAAUAUUAACACCUUGACAGUUUAUUUUUUGCCUUCCUUCGGUUUCAAGUAUGGCUCUAUUUAAAGCUUUUUUAAAAUCUAAGUGUAAUUUUUCAUUACCUUUUAUGAUUUUUUUUUCAUUGGCAUAGACAGAGUAGGGAAAUGCUUAGCAUUUGAGCUCCCAUGCAAUUCCAAAGUCAAAUUAAUCCAAAUUGGAUCAGAUUAGAUCAAACUACAUUCAUCCAAAUGCAAUUGUUUCUGAUGCAUUGGAGAGCAUUCUGUGCAGGCCAGUAUAAGUCAUAGCAAGCUUCACAUUGUAACUGUGGUAGAUGUGGUUUGCACCUUCAGGAGCUGCUUUGAGAGGACUGGUCAACCUCAUGUUCAUUUUCAAAAAUCCAGAAAGUAAAAUCAGAAUUCAAAGUUCUCCAACUACAUUGCUUAUUCCAGUUUUGUAAGGCAAGCCAUCAUAAGUGUACAUUCCACAAAAAUAUUAUAGCUUGAGGUGUACUAGUGGCAUCAUACUGUUUUUGUUGAGUGGAUUCUUGUUCAUAGUCUUCCUGUAUAAAGUGGGUGACAGUCAUUGUGCAACUUGUAAAAGUACAGUAGAACUGACUCAAAUACCCAAUAUCACCCCUACCACCCCUUCUUAAUCCUGACGUGUAACUCAAAGGUCUGAGACUAAAUGUUCUGUAACAGAACGCUAUUCUUUCUCAAUAGAGGGAUACCCCUCUAGCUUGCAGUAUGAGAUGUGAAACAUGUGGAAGUGACCGCACCACACUUGAAUGGUGAAUUGUGUUCCGUGUGAUCAGGUGCCCAUGUUCUAUAAAUAGCCCCUGACACUGUUAGCCAUAAUUACGCUCACGAUACAAGGGAUAUGCUGAGAAAUAUCAGCAGUCUUACUUUAUAAAUAAGAAUUUUAUAUUGAUGUGGUAAUAAAUGUAAAAACAUUGAUUGUUAGCAUAGGUACAGAGGCAAAAUGGUACCCAUUCCAGUGAAGGAGUCUGAUAUAUUCUGUUGGUGUGGCACGUUGCUGAGCUUCUUUGUGUCUUGAAGUACGUGACAUCCUACCAUUUGCAGGGCUGAACUUAAUUUAGAAAUUUAAAGCAGGAAAAUAAAACGUUAUCUAUUGGAAUAAUUAUUGAAGUGGAUUUGAUCACCAUGGAAAUGAUCCAUGUACUAUUUAAAUGCUUUAAAACUCUUAAGUAUUUAUUAAAAAUUUAAAAUCAUCCAACAAUGGCAAUAUCUUUUUAUCAAAAAAAAUUCCCUUCGGUUAAGCUUGCAUGGUAUUUUAUGGCCAAAGCAUGUACAGAAUACCCUUUCAGAGGAUAUGAGUCUUCUUUUUCAAUCUUUUUUGUUUCAUUUUUGUCAUGAAUUUCCUAUUUUCUGAAUUAUCGUUUCAUUCGCACCCAGCGAAUGAGGCACAGUCCCACACAAGGCUGACUACCACUAGUUCUAUCACACACCGCUUUGAAAACUUUGCUUCAGCUUGUCGAUGAUUGUAAAUCUGAAAUUACAAACAAAAAUUUGCAAUAAUUGGUUUAUUUUUGAAACAUUUGUCCAAGUCGCAAUCUGCUAGGUCUACUGUUUUAUAAGUGUUCACUCGUUCACUGAAAUAACAACCUAAGAUGACUUUUACAGGACAAGCUUUUUGCCACAUUGGCCUGUUGAUAUUUGGGAUUAAUUAAGGAAGGAUCAGUAAGUUAUAUAAUUAAAAAGUAGGCCUUAUGAUCACAACUGGUAUAAGUUGUGCCUUCAAGCUGUAUGACUUUGUAAUAUCCAGUGAUGAGUAGAUCAUUAAUGUAUGUUCUGAAGUGUAUAGUUGACAGGUCAUAUUUUGGGUGGUGUGGAUAAGGGGAGGAGUUACAAAAAGGGAAAUUGUAAAUAAAAAAAUCUAAAGGGACUAGCAGCUGCCAUCCCGCAAUUUGUGCCUGUUGUUACAAAUUUUGAUCAUUGUUAAAUCUCCAGAACAAGUCCCAAGUUUUCUAAGGAUUUGUUCCUUUGACACUGUCUGCUGUUGAAGUCUCAACUGUCAUAGUGUUAAUAUUUGUAAAUUUGAGUACAUUCAGGGUGGCCAUUCAUUGCUAAUGUGUUUAAUAAGAUGUUCUGCAAGACUGAUCCCCAUGUUUGCGAUCAGUUGUAAAUCUUUGAAAGAGCUCAAAAACCUGCAGCAAGGAUACAACAGCAAAUAAACCACAGAGACUAGAGCAGCAUAAGAGAGUCCCACUGGCUGCCUCCGUGUUUUUAGUCCCAAACUCCCAACAGAGAUGAACAAUCAAAAACCUAUUUCCAGUGUGUACAAGAAGGUUUAUCAGUUUAGAGGCAGGUCACUUGGAUUCCCAGCAACCAUCAUAAGGUCAAUCAAUUGCAAUUCUUCACACAAUGCUUUGUAGAGGAGUGAACUGCAGAGCCAUUUUUGCCUUUGAGAGCAUGUCCAACUCAACCUGCCACUGACUGCAGUACUCAACCUUCAAAAAGCAACAUUUAGUAUCAAUCAGAAAGGAGUGAAGGUGGCUCAUAACCCAGGCAAAAUGGAGCAACACAGAAACCUGGCAACAAAGAAAUCACCGAGCAUCAGAGAGCGAGUUAAGAGGGAGGAGUAGCUGUGGGAGGUCUACCUGACCUGAUGGUUUUCUGAAUGAUAUAUCGUGUUGACCAAAUGCAAAAGAAUGAUCAUGGAAACUAAGGAAGGAGCAGUUAAGUUUUGGGAAACUACUACAGCUUGCCUAUUGCUUGCAAAACUCUAAUUAAUAUAAUUCCUACAUUGUUUUGAGUAGUUUGUUUUUUAUAAGUGCAAUAUACACCAGACCCAAUGUCUGUUGAUCUUUAUCUCUGUAGUUUUUCUGCCAGGUUUCUCACUAUUUCCAUCCAUUCAGUAGUCCAUUCUGUAGUAGUGCUAACUAAUUCACAACAUGCAACUCUUUUCCUUUGCUUGUUUCAAUCUGAAGGUCUUUUGAAUAAAGACAUGUAAUUUAUUAAAGAUUUGAUGAAUUGGGCUGUCUCUAUCAUUUUAAAAGAUGGCCAACAUCUUUUUAUUGGAAUAUACUAUUUUAUAUUUAAGAUUCUGGCAGGCAUAAUGUAGAUGGAGAGGGCUGAAGUGCAAGAAUGAAUGAAGUGAGAACAGUUUUCCUGGUUAACCCUUUGAGGACUACGGUAACUAUAUGUUGCAUUAGUGAUGGUGGUGGGUUCGGGGCAAUUUUUUAAGAAAACAAAUAUAGUAUUAGAUUAUUCUGCUUUUCCAGAGAAUAUUGUCCAUGAAGAAAUGUUCUUGUGUUUGUGAAGUUAUUGUAACUCACCUGUAUGAACAUAGCUAUAUUCCUCCAAAUUAAAUUCAGUGUUAUAGAUGUGGGAACAAAAGUUUGUCAGUGCUUUGCAAAAGUAUAAAAGGAAGCCCAGUUCUCAGAGGGUUACACUUGUAUCAUUCGCUAAUACCAUCCCCACUCCCCCCAACUUCCCAGUUGUCUUGGUGGCACUUCACAAAUUAACAUCUGUUAGUGAUAAUUGUUUUAUGAUUGGCAAAACAGACUAUUUCAGUAAAUAAGCUAUUGUCAGAGAUUUAACAUGUUAAAAUUGCUCUCACGAAACAAAAACUUAAUUAUAGAAUGGAACCACAGUCAGCUAUCAUCAGAAGCAGACAGAUGUGCUGCUAUAGUUGAAGCACAGAGAAAGAUAACAAUCUUUCAUCUAAGUUCACAGAGUUGCCAUUCAGAAGCAUCUGAUAACACCACACACACUGGUCAUUUGCCAAAAAAAAGCUCAAUGGGAGCUUACAGCACGGACUGUUUUACCAGAUUAUCUGUCAAACAUUGUGUGAAAUGAUAAGAUAAUGCUGUAUAUGCAUAUAUGUUAUGUACAUUUUCACAGUGAAUGGUUCAUUGUAAAAUAAGAACCACAUUUCUGUAUAUUUUAUGAUAAUAUAAAGCAGCUUUAUUAAAUUAUUAUAAUGUUUCAAAUGAUGGACUGUCAGCAUUGUUUCACCGACUUCUAUGUUGAUUUGUGGGCUUUUAACCCUUUAUGCCAGCAACAAGUUGAAAAACAUUUAAUCUUGACUAUCUUUUGUGCACUUCUGACCCAAGAAUAAAGU